GCUACCAAUAAGAAGAAACAAAACCGGCCGCGCAACUUUAUUUUCAGGCACAAUCUUUGAAGACCAGCGCAAGGGUGACCUGCCCACCAUGUCCUGCUAUCGCCUGUGCAGUCGCCAGCUCCAAGACUUUGUGAAGACCUUCUGUUUAAAGCAGGACCUGACAGUGGGGCCAUCAACAGCUAAGAUGUUCUACACGGCCAGGAACUACCUUGCCGGGAAGAUCCCGGGUGAGCUGGUGUUUGCCGUGGACAAGUGGCCGGACUAUUCCGCUGUCAUGUGUGCGGCGGGGGAGGGGACAUUACAGCAUCUGCAGGAGAUCGACUCCUACACGUUCUGCUGGGAAAAUGGGGACGGUCUUCUGAAACUCCUCCGGGACGACAAGCUGGUGGAUUGGAGCAGGAACUUCACCAUCGCAGCGUUCUCAGAGAAAGGUGUGCCGGCGCUGCGGCAGGUGUGCAGGGAGAUGGGGAGGCAUGUGCCCUCACCUGACGACAUGACGCAAGUGCGCACCGUCUUCAAUUCGGACAGGGUACGGGUACGGGUACCUGGAAACGACAGCCUGCCCGACCCGUCCCUGUCCAUCGGCCGGCUGGAGCGGCAUCACGCGGAGCUGGUGAACAAGACCUGGGUGUGGGGAGGGCCGCCCAAGGUGCUGGAGUUCAUCCAGUACGUGCUGGCAACGUUCCCUUCCAGAUGUGUGUACAACAAGCUGGGGGAGAUUCUGGCGUUCACCAUCAUGCAGCCAUGGGGCGAGCUGGGCAUGAUGUGGAGCAAGGUUCCCGGAGCAGGGUACGGCUUCUACAGCACUCUGGCCCUGUUUAACGACACGGUGGGGGCGGGGGACGCUCCGUAUGGAUUCAUAGAGACGGGCAAUAAAAUGGCUAUCAAAAUGUUUGAUCGAGCAGGGGGGAAGUGGGAUCCUUCUGGCCCCUGUUAUUGGGUUAACAUGUAAAACUUGUACGCAAGAAAGUAAACAGCUCAUCCACUCUACAUGUGUAUGAGUUGAGCGUGAUGAUAGGAUGUAUGAAAUAAGUAAACGCCACUGUUUUUUAAAACCACAAGGAAGAGCGAAGUGAUAUGACGUUUACUCUCUUCCUGUCAUGUCUUUGAUUAACAUUUUCUAUUUCUGUCACCAUAAAAACGUAACCGGAGAUAUUCAUUGAAUGAUCGCAGCAUAAGUGACGUAUCAAUACGGUGACUAAUUCAUAUUGGGUGAAAGUAUGUUAUAAUGCGAAAUACUGCAGCCUGACGACCAGACGUACAAAGUUGAUAUUGUGAGACCGUUUUGGGAGCCGAUAUAAGCUUGGAAAGAUGCUGGCCUCUGUUGUCAUAUGUCCAACGUAUUUCAACAUUAUUCAGAAUUCCAGUCAGUGAACAUAGUAAAUGACGCUAACAGUAUAGCUAUGCUAGGAAUCUCCAUUAGUUGAAUAUAUCAAAAUAUUCUUCCUGGAGUCCUAUACACACGAUCCAAUAAAAAAAUACAUUACAAUAUAUUACACAUAUAAUUUUGAUCAAUUAAUUAGCAUCAAUCAAUAACAUCAUUAUCAUAUUAUAUCAUACAUGUUCGUAGAUGACCUAAGUUAUCAUAUGUUGAGAUUUGUGGAGGUUAGAAGUCAUGCCUUUUACAGAAGUCUAUUCAAAGUUUACCAAGAUAAUUGGCGAGGAUUUAUGUCGAUGAGUUUUUGUCCAAAACCAGAUUUUAUCUUCGAAUGCACGUGGGUUUGAUGAUAUGAUGUGGAUGUGUAGAGUGUUGUAUGUUCUAUUUGCUCUGUAUAGGAAGGUUCGAGUAAUGGCAUUGGUUCUAGGUUUGGAUUGCAGGAAUGCACCUUUCUGUGCCAGUCUGGUGUAGUGAGAAUGUGCCAUGUUAACUGUACAUGUUUUUAAACGACUAAAAAUACAUUUUUGGCUGUUUCUCCGUUACUAGUUUAUGGAAUAUGUUGAUAGUGCCUGUAAACAGUCUUUCUUUAGCUGAUGGCCAGUUUAACUGAUUCUGAAUACAUCUAAAUUGGCGUCCAACAUGCACCUGUUGCCAGUCAAGUUGCUCUAUUUUGGACGACUUGCAGUUUGUCUGACGUGUAAACGAAUUGUUGAACCCAACAUGUUGAUAUUUUCAUAAACCAGGUUUCUUUAUUUGUAUCUACGUCUUUGCA